AACUGACAAAGUAUAGUUCAAGAUCGAUCAACUAAUAAUUUUUGAUCUACUAUCCGCGGCUUUGUAGCAAAAUGAUUGAUAUUUGUCUAAAUGAAUCUGCGGAGACAUAUAAUACUUGUGUCCGAGAAAUUUCAUCCCCCAGCAAUCAUGAACAACACUGUAAAUGCUUCCCUUCCUAACCCUGUGGUAUAUCUCAACUAUCUCCCCCCAACAACCGCUGCACAGUUUGAGGUUGCUCGAAACCUAUACCUUGCAACAUUAGGAGCCUUCAUAUGGGAUAUGUUAUCAUCGAUUCCCCAAGACUUAGUUUUGAUCAAGAACAUGAAUUUUAAUGUCUUGGUCUACAUUGUUUCCCGACUCUCAGCCUUGGCAUAUGUAUUACUAUCUGUGGUUGCAAAAACCACUCCCAUCAGCAAUUGCACCGCAAUAGAGCUGGGUGUGACAUGCAAUUGGGUGGUAUCUACUACAUUUAGUUCCUUCCUCUUUCUUCGGCGUGUCAAUGCCGUAUAUUCAAAUUCUGCCAUUGUUUGUUACUUUUUCACAUUUCUUUGGGUUGCAAACAUAGGAAUUUCGAUCCUUACUCCAUUGGGUGCUCAUGCUGGAGCACUGUCUAAUAGUGGGUAUUGCCUCAAUAGUGGUGUCAAGCACUAUGUUGUUGGUGCUACUGCAUUUCCACUAGUCUUUGACUCAUUUGUAUUUCUGGCUAUUUCAUAUCGGCUGAUGGUCAUCAACAAGGAUGAUCCUCAUGGCACAGCACAAAAUUGGGGUCCUUUCUUGAAGGGUAAAACCCUUCCACGUUUAUCCAGAGCCGUUCUGCAAGGUGGACAACAGUAUUAUCUGAUUACUGUUGGCAUGAACAUUCUCAUCACUGUCCUCAUUGCUACACCAUCUGUCCCUCCUGUUUAUGAGGCGGCAUUCACUAUUCCUGAUGUUGCACUUACAAGUUCAAUGGCAUGCAGGGUAUAUAGAAAUCUGUACCUUGAGGCCCGUGGACUUCUGCACCAUCCUUCAACAACUGUUGAUGGCCCACUACACUUUGCAAGGACAACAAUUCCCAAUCUCAACAAAGAAACACAUGGGUUAGAGCUAGAGGUGAUCCACAACCACAAGAAUUCAUCAUUAGGAAAGAUUGCUCCAAUAAAUGAAGCCAGGGUCAAUCUGGAUUAUGGAGGGCAGGGUAUUUCAAUUGACAGUGUAUCAGGCCAAGGUACAUCAUCAUCAUUCAAGUAGUAUCUCUAUUUGGAGCCCUGUAUCUUCCAUUCCAGUUACUACUAGCCUCUACUCCAUCCUACAUUGAUUAUUGUCAGAAGUUCUGCCCCAUCAUGAUUCCAAUUCACUUGUAUAUCAUGUGUCACAUGGUACUUUAGUAUUUAUUCCAAUUUUCAGCUCCCUCAGUGGUUGAUCCCUUUGUUGGCUCACAUCUGAGCGUGGGUUUUUCAUUUCUCUAUAUCUAUGCUUACUAAAUAUGUAGAUCCUGUGUGCUUUGUCUUGUAUAGCUAUACUAUACUCGAAUUGACCUUCUUCC